UUGUGGAACGAUAUGCGGGACAUAGAAUCAUUAUCUGAUGCUGAGUUGCGAAGCGAGCUUAUUUUAUACAAAUUCAACCCUGGCCCAGUUACCGGAACUACCAGAAGCAUCUAUGAAAAAAAGUUGGCAAAGUUGAGACUGAAUGGCCCUCCCACGGAGACUAAAUCAAGCCUAAAUGAUUCUACAGUAAAAAGGACGAAAUCCCCGUCACGUAACGCUCUUUCAAAAAGUGCUAGAGAAAAAAAAUUGGCCUCGAAACUGGAGAGCUCAGACGAAUCUGUUCAAGAAAGUGAAAGUGUCGAUUAUGGAGAAGUGGAAGAUGAUAUCCAAAUUGUGUCUCCUGCAAAAAAUGUCAAGGUUCCAAGAAAGCCAGUAGUAUCUACACCCAAGAAAACUAAAACUCCUUCACCAACAUCUUCUCCACAAAUGUCUUCCAGGGCAAAAAGAAUACAGAACUCGUCGAUAAUUUCAAGAUCUGGCAAGGAGCAACAUAGCACGAGAACACUCAUAACUUCUGAUGUUGAUUCUUCACCCAAAAGCCGGAAUAUUGCACGAACUUUGACUCCACCUCGGCGGAUUAACAUAAAUCAACCGCUUGGUGAUAGACCAGGUGGAACUCCUCCAAGAAAUGCCUCUAGCUGGGCCAAGAAAACUUUAGAUGAAUCAUUAGCAUCUCGAACCUUGCAUGAUUUGGGAAAUACAACUGGUGAAGAAUCUGAUGGAGAAGUUCUUGAAUCUAGCAGAGUUUUCUAUAAUCCAAAACGCAUGGGGACUUCUCAAAAGGCUUGGUCGAUUCUUGGUAGAAAUACAACAACUCCUGCUCAGUUACGAAAGAAUACAAAACCACUUUCUGUUGGAAGAGACGUUUCAACUAUACUGAUGAUUGUAUUAUCAAUUUUCUUUUUACUUCUGGGUAUGGCUUAUGUUGCAACUGCUCGUAGAGAAGUUGUUCUUGGAACAGUGAACGUCUUGGCCGCCACCACAAGAGACACCAUCGGAUUCUUCUACACGUAUGCUGUUCUUCCAGUUUUUCUUGUUGCUGGAGCUGCACUCCUCGUUGUUGCUAUUUUCUUCUUAUACAAACGUGUUCAAGAGAAUCAAGUCAAGGAGGAAGAGAAGUUCCAAACUCUUGUUGAGAAAAUCAUGGACUUUGUUCGCGAUUCGUCUGAAAAUGGAGACGGGGCACAGUACAUUUCCGUCCCCCAUGUCAGAGAUAUUAUUUUCCCUCCAUCUAAAAGAACAAAAUCGGAACUGAAGCUCUGGAAUAGGGCAGUUGAAUUUUUGGAUUCGAGCGAAUCUCGCAUGUCAACUGAAACUCGAGUAAUUCACGGACAGGAAUGUGCUGUUUGGAGAUGGCUUCCAUAUAAGAAAACAGGAUGGCAAGGAAAUGCGAUGAAUCCGAGCUCUCCAAUGUCUCCUUCCGGACCAGCUUAUGCUCUUACGCGCUCAUUGAAAAUAAGAGAAGUCUUCAAUAAUAAAAUUGGAGAGUUUGUUGAUUUCGCCGUUCUCCGUAAAGAUUUGAUUGAAAAGGUUUAUCCAGCGCAGCCCGUUCACAUUGGCUUCUCUACUGAGGCUCCGGAAGGCCUUGUUUUCAUGAAGCUGAAAAAUUUGGAAGAAUCCAAGUCUGCCUUUAAUGCCCUUCAUUCAACAUGGUACAAUGGUCGUCUGCUCCGAGUGAAGUAUAUUCGCGACAGCCGGUACGACGAGCGUUUUCCUCAAUAA